UCCGUCUCUGAAGCGUCUGAAACUUCAGUAUGACCCCUCCAAUGCCAGGGGCAUUCUUAACAAUGGACACUCCUUCCAGGUGGACUUUGUGGACGACACAGACAGCUCCAAUAAGCAUGUCUGAUGAUGUAAGUGCUCAGUUAUCUCCUAACAGCCCUGGUUCUUUAUCUGAAGGUCAACAUGCAUGUUCAGCCCAUCAUCGUGACUCUUCAGUUUUACUCUGUGCUCCAGUAGUUGUCACAGAUAAACAGCUAUAAUCUGUCAUAAAAGCCAUAAAAAAAUUUAGUUUUGAACAUGCAGGCAACUUCAAAUAUCAAAUGAUCAACAUAAACAGAUGAGAAAAAUAUGAAAAAAUAUCCAAGAAUUUACCCUUAAUGUGUAGUUAACAAUUCUAUUUAUUUCAGUUUAUUUAUAAAGGAGACACUGGUAGACACAGAUGACACUGGCUCAGAUAAAGUCUAACUGGACUGCACAGUGGCACAGUUGGUAGCAUUGCUGCGUUGCAGCAAGAAGGUCCUGGGUUCGAUUCCUGGCCUGGGGUCUUUCUGCAUGGACAUGUUCUCCCUGUUAACCUGGUUCUCUCCUGGUACUCCGGCUUCGUCCCACAGUCCAAAAACAUGACUGUCAGGUUAAUUGGUCUCUCUAAAUUCUCCUAGGUGUGUGUGUGUGGGGGGCGUGUGCUUGCAUGGUUGUUUGUCCUUUUCUGUCUCUGUGUUGCCCUGCGACAGACUGGUGACCUGUCCAGGUGAUCCCGCCUCUUGCCCAAAAUGUCUUGCUGGAGAUAGGCAACAGCACCCCUCCCAACCCCACUAGGGACAAGGGUGAUGGAUGGAAGUCUAAAUGUAUCAUUUCCAGUUUUUCAUGCCCUGACUGGAGGUCCCAUCUCUGGAACAUACCGACUGAAGCAAUUUCAUUUCCACUGGGGAGGCAGUGAUGAUAGAGGCUCAGAGCACACUAUAAACAGCGUCAAGUUCCCUUGUGAGCUUCACCUGGUGCACUGGAAUACUAAAUAUCCCAGCUUUGGGGAGUCUGCUGACAAGCCUGAUGGACUGGCUGUGGUUGGAAUCUUCCUCAAAAUUGGUGCAGCCAACCCCCGGCUUCAGAAAGUUCUGGAUGCUUUGGACUCUAUUAAGACAAAGGGAAAGCAGACAACUUUCUCUAACUUUGAUGCAAGAACUCUUCUUCCUGGUUCUCUGGAUUAUUGGACUUAUGAUGGAUCUUUGACAACCCCACCCCUUUUGGAGAGCGUCACCUGGAUUGUCCUGAGGGAGCCUAUAAGUGUCAGCCCUGCUCAGAUGGCAAAGUUUCGAAACCUCCUGUUCACUGGAGAAGGAGAGGCAGCGUGCUGCAUGGUGGACAACUUCCGUCCUCCACAGCUCCUCAAGGGCCGUCAAGUCCGUGCUUCCUUUAAGUAAAUCUUAGUUAUACAGCAGGUAUGAAAAUUACUGAACACAUCACAAUUUUUCAUAGUAAACAUAUUUUAGCUAUUGACAUGGAACACCUGGUGUUACCAAUACUAGGUGUUGGUAACAACCCAUGUAAUCCAUACAUAGAAAAAAUAAAACAAAUCAGUUCAGAAAUUAAAUUAUGAGUAAUUAUAUAAAACGAAUUGGGCUAUUCUAGCAGUUUUAUGUUCUGUCUCUGCAGCUGGUUGAGAGCUUCCUUGUUUCUGUGUUUGGGAUCAUUGUCCUGCUGAAAUGUCCACCCUUUUUUCAUCUGGCAGCAGACUUUUCUCUAUAAUGUGUGUACACUUUACCAUUUAUCUUUCCAUCAAUUACAUGAAUUCUGCCAGUACCAUAUGCAGAAAAACAGACCCACAUAUUGAUGUUCCCACCUCCAACUUCACUGUCUGCCUGGUGUUUUUGGGGCAGUUCAUUUUGUCCUUUAAAUAUGGUGUUUGUUAUGGCAUCCAAAGAGUUCAAUAUUGCUCUUAUCUGACUACGUAGUCUGUGUUCUCCCAGUGUUUUACAGGCUUGUCCAAAUGUUGUUCAGCAAAUAUUAAACAAGCUUAAACUUGCUUCAACUCCAGAAAUGGAGCUUUGCGUGGUGAGCGUGCAUACAGGCCAUGGCUACAGAGUGCAUUGCUUAUCGUUUUCUGAAACAAUUCUACUUGCCAACUCUAUAUCUUUCUGAAGGGCCCAGCGUAGUUUGACCAAAGUCGGACUGUCAAUGUACAGUCAUGUGGUUUUCAGAUUUUCAUUUUUGCAAAGACCUUUUAUAAUCCACAAAACAAAUUGAGGCGAGCUUCCCUCCCACUGCAGAAUACGUCAUAAUGUCUUUUUUUUUUUUGUUGCCAUGUGUGUAAUUUAUAAUCGUAGUAACAGAGAGACAACUGUUACGAGUUCAAAAGUUCAGAGGCGGAGGGAAUAAUAUUUAACAGUCUGGAAAAUCAAUCUUUUUCCAUGUCAUUAAGAAAAUAAAAAGACAAAAGUUAGGCGUUGAUGAGCCAUUCUCCUGCUUCAACUGAGAGAAUGGGUAGUGUAAUAUUUCAGUAUGUACUUCCUCCUCCUCAUCAAACAAUUUCUCUCUGACUGAAAAAACAAUGCUCUGACUAUCUGUGAUACCCGACUAAAUUGCACAGAUAUUAGUUAGAUCAGCGGCCCAUGGAAAUUGUGUGGCAGUAUCCUGAAUGAAUAUACACACUCAUGAAAUUCAGACCAAUCACACAAUCUUUCAGAGAAGGGGCAAAAGGUUCACCAGGGGGGCGAACAGCAUAAGGAAGAGAACAAAAUGAUGCAAUUUUCUUCAUGCAACUGCAACAAGAAGAACUGUUUUCAGCAAUUUAGCUUCUAUAGACCAUCAGUUUGGACUGAACCAGCUGAUAUUCAUUUGCACUUAAAAGCUCAUUCAUUUGCAGGAUGUCUUUCUGAUCACUGAUGAAUUUCCAUGUAUUUGUCCACUUCCCUUUCUGUGUGUUCAAUACUUUUCCCUCUUAUUACUGCACAUAACUUAAUGUCUGAACUUGUUUGUUUUGGUUUCUUCUAUAUAUGGAUUACUUAAAUUGUUACAAACACCUGGUUAAAAAGUCAUAUUUACUAUGACAAAUUGUGAUGUGUUCAAUACAGCUGUAUUCCAAAGCGUCUUUAUACAAUAGCUUUCCAUUUCAUGUUCAUUCUUUGAACUAUUAAUACACAAAGACAGCUUUUUAAUUUACUGCUUGUCUCCAGCUACUUGAAACUUAAACCUUCUGCUUCAUUUUAUCUCUAGAAUGUUUUGCCUUCUUUUCCUCUGAGGAUGAAUAAAUGCCAUUCUUGUCUAACAACAAUUUGUAAUCUUUGAAACAUUAGAAUAUCUAACUAAUGCAUAAAUAAACGCACCCAUGAAAUUCAUGGGUGUGGUUGUUAUUUAAAAAAAUAUAAUCUUUGAAACUUUGGCUAUCUUUAUACUAAGAUUUACUGAGGUCUGAAGAAUAUGACCAAAUGAAUAACUAAAUAUUUUGUUAAUCUUUAACUUAUAAUUAUAUCCUGCCUGUUUGUGAAGUAUGUGGAGUUAUUUCAGAUUUGUUUGGUAAUAAAAUCCUGUGUGUGUUUUGUAGAAUGCUCUUUUCCAUGCUCGAGUGUUUUCUAGGAUUAUAUUCCACUCAUUAAAUUGCUAAAUAAAAGCCGGUAUUGAGAACCUCA